AAUUGCAGAGGAUCGAAAUUCAUAAAAAUUAACCGAUCAGAAACGAGCUGAUAAUUACAGUUAAUUACAGUAAUUAACAUUUUCGGACCUAGAUGUAGGUAACUGCUUCUUCUGUAGGGCUGGUAACCAAAUCUCAGGAAGUUGAUACGAGAUGCUGUUUAUGUGUUUGUUACGUGCUACACUGUUGAUGGUUUCUUUAAUCUUCCUGGCCGUUGUUCUGUAUUCUCUGUCAAUGAUUUUCUUCUCAUCCCAAUUAAACUGAUGACUUCCCCAGCUGUGGCCCGCAAUUUCGUUUUUCUUCACAUCUCUGUUUCUUUCUUGAUAAGUUUUAUUUUACAAUUGUUUUACAAGUGUAGAAUUAAAGGGCCUGAGCGACACCUGUUUUUUCUGGUUUCUGUGUUAUUAUUAUGUAACGUCUAUUAUUUAUAUGCCUCAUUUCGUAAUAUUUUAUCUUGUAGACAUAAACAGUCAAUAUUACGAAUUUGUGCUUUAUCAAGAGGGAAACUAUCAGAAUUUUAUUUGGCAACAUGAGCUAAGCUUGUCAUAGGAAAGAUACUUUACGCUGUAAAUGACGACGAAAAGUAAAAUAACAGAUAUUUUUAUUGAAAGCACUUGUGGAAAGCAGUUAAAGUGUACUAUCUGUGAUUGCUGGCUGCCCGCAAAUGCAGAAAAGUUUGUUCAAUCCCAUCUCACUGGUCGUAAACAUAAACAAAAAUUACACAAGAAAAACCAAAGAGAAAACGUUUUAAAAUGUAGUGUAUAUGUAAAAUGUUUUGAUCCUCAUCUUGAACGACUAGAAGAAGAACUAAAAAUUUAUUUUGAAAGCUUUAAAGUGAAAGUGUCUGAUGUUUAUGUUGACAAAAACACGGCAAGUUAUGCUAUCAUACAAUUUGAGAAGAGUAAUGAUGUUGAUGUUGUUGUAAAUGCUGACCACAAACUUUUUCAUGGAAAAAAAAUAAUCAUCAAGCGAAGAGAGAUUCCGGAGAAAAAAGAAACACACCACAAAACGCUACUAUCAGACGCGAUUUCACCACCCUGUGCUAGUUCUGGUGUUUGUUUGCUGCCAACUGAAAUACAAGCGGGUCUUUCAAAGUUAACUAAUCAAUCAGCACAAUUUAAAGCCCUUCAAGAUUAUUACAAGUUGUCUCCUGCCGAUAUAGAAGUUCGUAAACUCCUUUGCGUAUUACUGCAAAAUGUCUUGGAAGAGAUACAUCCUGGUUGUAAGGUUAAGCUUUUUGGUUCCAGCGUAAAUGGACUUGGUAUUAAAGGCAGUGAUGUUGACAUGACGUUAUUGUUAUCUGAGGCAGUAAGCAAGGAGGAAGAAAUAAUGACGGAAGUUCGAGAAAUCAUUCAAAGAUUUGCACCUGGUUGUAAAAAUGUAUCUAUAGUGCAGUCAGCUAAAGUGUGUACCAUUGUAAAGUUCUUGCAUACAGAUUCAAAAGUUAGUGUGGAUUUGAGCUUGAAUAACAGACUUGCUCUGAAGAACACAAAACUAAUUCAGACAUAUCUGCAAAUUGAUCAGAGGGCAAAACUUUUAAUAUAUGCAAUUCGGAUAUGGGCUAAAUGCUAUAAUUUAAUUGGAAGAAAUAGUUUACAGAUCACUAGUUAUGCUAUGACGCUAUGUGCCAUUCAUUAUUUGCAACAGUUGGACCCACCUCUUCUUCCUUGUUUACAGCAAUGCAGUGAAGCAGAUUUUAUUGGCCCUUGGAAUUGUGGUUUUGCUGUGAAUACUACUUUUUCCAGUAAAAAUGUACUGACAAUAGGGCAGUUGUUAUCCGGGUUUUUCGUAUACUUUGCUGAUUUUUUAUUUGAUUCAUAUGGAAUUGUUAUACAUUCUACCAACAAAAAAUCGAGGACAGAAUGUCAAACUGCUGCAAAUAAAGUAGAGGGCUCCGAAUUAAACAUAGAUGCUGCUGUUUUAGUACAAGACCCUUUUAAAUUAAGUCAUAAUGUUGCACAGAAUUUAUCUGCAGCAGGUUUAAAAUUACUUGUGAGUAUGUUCACGAAAGCUUCAAAGAUUAUCUGUGGUUCUGCUGAAAGUAUUAUUAAAUUGUUCACGCCAGAUAAAACAGUAAAAACGCGAACAAAACAGAAACAAAAACGCAAUCGUAGCAAUGUGUAUACGAUAACUUUACCAAAUUGUUUGCAUGCUACUGGUGAAGAUGUUAACUCGUAUUGUUUUGAGUUUGUGACGAAUGUUUUGGUAGAUGAUUUAGCCAUGAAUGUUGUUAGUAUCAAUAGUUAUUGUGUUAAUCCUGCAGUAAAUUUUACUGAGCAAAAAACAGAGACAUCUCCACAAGACACUGAUGCACCUGGAAAGGACACUGAUUCACCUGAACACGACACGGAUGCACCUAGACAGGACACUGAUGCACCUAGUAAAAAACGAAAAUGGAAGUCCAACAUAUGCAAUGAAGAUUUUGGUUCGAAAAAGAUAAAGCUUGACAAGAAUAAUGGUCUCAGCUUAACUGUAUGCGCUUAUACAGAUACAUGGACGAACAGAAGAAAGCAUCGUCGACAGCAACACCUUGAAAAAACCAAUGGAUGUAUUGACAACAGUAUGACUGGAGUAAACAAUGUUAAAGAUUAUUCCACAAAUGAUGCAUUAUUUUCGUUUAUCAUCCACAUUAAAACAGCGAAAAGUGAUAAAGACGUAUGUAAGCUUUCUGUGGAACUAAUUAAUAGAACAAACAAUGUACAACAAUUUCAAACGUUUUAUGCAUAUUUUAAAAAGGAACUUAUGUCUGUAUUUAAAUAGUAUAUACAUAUUUUUAGGGACAUAACAUAUUUUUGUUUAAUCAAAAUUCAUUUGCAUA